ACCGUUGCUUAUAACGAGGCUCGAGCUCGAGCUCGAGCUGCUCCUCUCCCAUGGCGUCGUCUUCUUCCUCCUCCGUGUCCUUCUCCUUUCCCCCAUUCCCUUCCCACCUCCCCCGCCCCAAACCCUACCACGAUCUCCAUCUCCUCCCUUUGGCCCCUCUCCUCUCCCCGCUUCGACUCUCCUCUCCGCUCAAAGCCUCCAGAAGCUUCUCCUCCCGAUCCUCCCAGGACGCGGUGGUGAUCGCGCCUGACGCGCGUGCGUGGGUCGGCGAUUUCGCGGGAGGAGAGAGGUACGAUGAUAGGGAGGGCGAUGAUGACGAUGAUGAUGAUGAGGAUGAGGACGAGGAGGAUGAUGAUCGGAGCUUGGAUCUCCUCGCGAGGUUCCUGCACAACGUUUUCCGAAGGGUCUCUCGCCGAGCGAGGAGGGCCGUUCGAUCGGUCCUUCCCCCUUCCAUCUCCACCAAGCUGGUGCGCUUUUCGGUGAAUGGAGUUCUAAUACUAGCUUUCCUGUGGAUUCUAAAAGCCUUUCUUGAGGUGGUCUGCACGUUUGGAAGCAUGGUGUUCUUAAGCAUUCUACUUGUUCGUGGAGCAUGGUCAGGUGUGUCUUAUAUAAGGAAUAAUCAAUACAAUUAUAUGCACAGGAUCGACAAUGACGACCCCAGGUGGAAUGGUGUCCGACCUGUAGGUUGAUCAUUCCCGUCCAUGUUCUACCAAAUCAUUUGGAGCUUAAUUAUUACAGAUGGUAAAUCUCAUCACUUUAGUCGAGCGUAUCUUCUUUACUGGUAUUUGAUAUCCUUUCAUGUCCUUACAAGAGAAGCUUUAUAUUCUCGACAACUAAAAUUAGACAGCCUUUGUGUAGUGGUCUGAUUUCUCUUCAAAUUCACUUAAGCAAUUCAUAUUCAUAUACCUUAUUAAACCAAUAUAAAUAAGACAGAUGAAUGAGAUCAAACAAUAAGAUCUUUAUUUGUAGUGAUUU